AUGUCGCUCAGCCAGCUGCUUGGGAUCCCCGCUCUCGAUAACACUUUCGGGGUGCUUUACAUCGGUGUGGUGGUCGCUGGAGGGCUGUGGGGCAUCGGCACGGCUCAAGCGUACUGGUAUGCGAUCACCUAUCCUAAGGACCCGCGAUUUUGGAAGACUUUGGUUGCUGUGAUAUGGUGCUUCGAUACCAUUCACCAGGCCAUGAUUUCCCAGCUACUGUACCACUACCUGAUCUCGAAUUACUUCAAUCCUAUGAAUCUAGACGUACCAAUCUGGACAUUCUACAUCCAAUGCUUAUUCGAGAUGCUCCCCGCAAUGAUGGUUCAAUUGUUCUUCGCUAUGCGAAUCUGGAGACUGAGCAAGGGAAAGUGGUACCUUCUUGUCUUGCCCGUGUUCUUCAUUUUCGCCAAGCUCGCCUUGAAUCUCGUUUGGGUCAUCAAGUGCGCGUCUGCCACCAGCGUUCAGGACGCCAACUUUCGGUAUAGUACGAUUUCCGAGUUGAUCAACGGAGCCGCUGCUGGUGCCGACAUUCUUCUCGCCGGGACCAUGGUUUACCUCCUCCAUGCCUCACGGACGGGGAUACGACAGUCAGACAAUUUAAUCACACGGUUAAUGACUUACACAAUCAAUACUGGAGUCCUCGUUUCCGUGUGGUCGAUUAUCACCCUUAUCUUCAGCGUCGUCUACCCGAGGACGAUGAUCUACGGCGCGUUCUACUUCUGCAUUGGCCGAUUAUACGUUAACACCUUCCUUGCCUCCCUGAAUGCACGAGCCGCGCUCAAGGGACCGUCUACGUAUCUCGAGAUGUCUCUGACGGGUUCGGGUUCGGAUGGAAGAGGGGGCAAGCUCGAGCUGCCAAGCCACAUUCAGUCGGACGCCACGAAACAGGCGUCGCAGUUCUCCGACAAAAUGAGGGAAUUCAAUGCCCUUCCUUAG